AUGAAAGCCGCAUUCUUUCAACAAAUUGUUGAAUUGUACAAAGCAUCUAAUACCGAAAAGCAACAAGAAAUUGUAACAGAACUUGUGAAAUGCGGAAAUCCAGAAUCAUUUUUAAAAUUUCUUAAUAAUCGUCUCGCUUCUAAGAAUAUUCAAUUCCAACCAACAUUUUCACUUUCUAUAGACUAUUGUUUAGAGAUGGGUACAAAGUUUAAACAAGAAACGUUGAAUGGUUUUGUUGAUUUCUUCAUCAGACUAUUAGAACAACAUCCAAAUCCAACAUCAUUUACUAAAUUUUCGAAAUUCCUUGUUUCUGUUUUCGCAAAUGUUGAUUCAUACGAUACAGACAAAAUGUUUAAUAUUUUGAAAGAUCUUCCAGCGGAUCUAUCAAUUCUUCCGUUAUCAUAUUUUGCAUCGCAGAACAAGCAGUAUCUCCAGCAUGUCUUUGAUAAGGCAAUUCAAACAAAACCAGCAGAUGAAAGUUCAGCCAUACUUUUGUAUUGCCAAGCAACAUCAAUAUUAUUCAAAUGCGCUAAAGACAAUGUUACAUAUGACAAAGAUACUGUUUACAAGCGAACAGAAGAUUUUCUUAAACAUAAAUCUUUAACUCUUACUCAAAAAUUCACUUUAUUCAAUGCUGCCUUAGUUUUCUUAGAUCGUGAUACAUGCAACAACAUGAUUAAUACUCAUUACAAGAAACUUUGCUUAGAAAUAGAUUCUUCGUCCAAAAAUGAAGAUUUUGCAGAAGCUCUCAACGCAUCAGCCGCUGUUCUCAGUCAUAUCAAGGCAGAAACAGUCAUUGAUCCUUGUUUGGUCUACGAUACUCUCUUUAAUCAGAUUUUAAUUUAUUAUCGACCAUCGGAUAUAAUUGAUUCUUCAUUAGUCAAUGCAUGUUCAGUCAUUGAACCAGAAUCACUCAAAUUCCUUCUCAAUCCUUUCAUUGCUGCCAAUGUAAAUCCUAAUUGUGCCUAUUUCAUCAUUUCCCACUUCCCACAUGAUGAUUACAUCAAAUAUCUCAUUGGUAUCGAUACAGGCUUAUCAAUAACAGUACCUCAAUACCGUCAGAUCCUUUAUUAUUUGAAUAAUCAUGAUGUAAAAUCAACUUACAUUCCUCAUUUAUUCAAAAUUUUGACGGUAAGUGACAUGCCAUGUUUAGAUCCAAUUCUAGACAGAUCUCCACACAUGUACUGCACUGCCGCUGCAAAGUAUUUAGCAACAAGUGAUGAUAAAGCUAAAAUCGAGUACAUAGCGAAUGCUCUUUCUAAAAGAAAAAUGUUACCUUUCAUUAGAUCGAGGCAACUUCCAAAUGCAUUUGUAAAUGUUGCAAUACAGACAUUACAAGGUGAAGCAGCAACAUUUCCUUUCGCUGUUAUCAUGGAGUAUCUCUACGCUUGUUGCAGUUGCAUUGAAGAUGAAAACGAUGAAAGUGAAAUGGUCACAUUCCAAAACAAAUUUUCAAGAAAAACAAAGAAAUUACAUCAUGAAUAUGAAGAAGAUGAAGAAGAAAAAUCUCCUUUGACUCCUAAACAACAAGAAAAAACUUCUCAGCCAGAAGAAGAAACUCCUAAACAACAAGAAAAUCCUCAAAAUGAAGAAGAAAAACCUAAAAACGAAGAAAAUCAAGAAGAAACAAAAAGUGACAAUGGGGAAGUAAAAAGUGACAAAAAUAAUGAUAAUGAAGAAGAAGAAAAUCAAAAUAAUAAUGAGGAAGAAGAACAAAAAGAUAAGGAACCAAAAAGUGACAAACCUCAAGAUGAAGAAAAUAAAAGUGACAAUGAAAAAUCAAAAAGUGACAAACUUCAAGAAGAACCAAAAAGUGACAAUGAGGAAGUAAAAAGUGACAAAACUCAAGAUGAAGAAAAUAAAGUUUCUGAUGAAAAUAAAGGUGAUAAACCAGUUAUGAUGAGGAAAGACUUUUCAACAGCACUUUUAUUUACAAUUGGUGACAGUGCAGCCAAAGAUCUUCCAUUAGAUUUCUUCGAUGUUUCAACAGUGAAAUGCGAAUCAUUGAGUCCAGCCAAUUUAGUUUACAACAUUGUUCAGAGGUUAAAUGAUUUCUCAACAACAUUAACUAACAUGGUUUUGGAUGGAAUAAGAGAAGGAAAGUCCCAAAACUGCAUAAUGAUUGCAGCAAUUUCAGGAGAUCAACAACUACUUAAUCAAUGUGUCCAAGUUCUUUCUGAAACUCCUUCAAUGUUAAUCCACUUCUUCACAGUUUGCUGCUGUGUUUCGCCAAGAAUAGCUGUGGAAGAAAUGGUCAGAUACUACUCAAAGGUUGAAAAGAAACAAACAUUGUUCAUUUUCAAUAAAACAGUUUUGAAUACUGAUGAAAUAAGGUUAGAAACCGUUUUACAUUCAUUGAUUUCUAUGUCACCUUUUAUUCAAAUUACAGAACAAAUUUUAGAUUUACUUAGAAUGACGUUUGAACACUCAAAUGGUUCAUUUUUGUCAUUUGAAGCCAUCAAUUCCAUCUGUAAGAGAUCGAAGAAGACAUAUGACGUAGAAAACUUGAUCGAUUUGAUGUUGAAAUUCUCAGAAAAUGUUGAUUCAAAGACAUUCAUUGAUUCACUUUGUUCUGUUCUCAAAAUUUCUAAAAAUAUUUCUCAAGAAAUCGCCGAAAAAGUGUCAAAAGUUUGGAUGAAACUAUUAAUAACUGAAAAGAUUUCUCCUUCAAAAGAUUGCGAAUUCGAGAAAACAUUUUUGCAGGCGAGAUUUAGAGAAGUAACAUUGAUUCCGUUUUUGACAAAACUCGAACAAAGUUUUAUCAAACACGAAGAUUGUUUAUUGUUGUAUGACAGUUUGGAAAGGAUUAUCAGAAUGAAAGAAAUCAAAUCAAAGUAUUUGCAAAGAUAUAUAACACUUUGCAUUUCAAAUUCUCUUUCUUCUAAUAAAGAAAUCCGAAAAUUCUGCAUCAAAACUCUCAAAAAGUUCGUGAAAUUGAAUGAGACGAUAAGUCUUGAAAUAACGAACAAUUUCACAACAGAUACAAUUGAUGCAACCCGACCAUUUUAUGACGAACUCGCCAGCAAAUUCGAUAUAAACACAAGGAUAUUGUUAGCUGAAGCAGUUAUGAAGCAUUUCAUGGAGUGUUUGAAGACAAACAGAGUUUCCAUUUUGAUUUUCUUGGAUUGUUUGAUAAAUUUGGACAAAAACAACGAAGUUUUCAUGAGUAAAACAAAGUUUUUCGUUGUAAAUUUAAUGAAAAUGUCACAAUUCUUGGAAUUCAAGUCUCCUUUGGCUUCUCUUCAUUGUAACAUUUUGUAUACAUUGGCUUGCAAUUCUCCCAAUUCUUUCUUCGACCAAGUUUUGGAAACAAACGCUGAUUCUUUGUACAUGCGUUUGUUUUUGGAGAGAUAUUACAAUGAACCAACAUUUUCAAGGGCAUUUUCUCAUUUCGUUUAUUACAAAGUUGAAGAAAUUGUAAUGAAAAAUGAUGAGUUCUUGAUGCUGAAAUUGCUGAUGUUUUUGGAACGAAACAUCGUGAAAAACAUUUAUUUGUACACAGAUCCAAAUGAAAUUUCGAGUUUCUUGUUCACUUUGUUCUUGAUUUUGAGCGAUUUAUAUAACGCAAGAUCUUCAAGGAAAACUCCAAACGAAGUACAGGAAAUGUUGACUGUUUUGUUCCAAAUUUGCCAGAAAUUCUAUAAAAAUACAACAGUUAGUUUACAAAAGAACCAAUUUGACUUCACAUGUGAAGAGAAGUAUUCAAAUUGUUUGUCAGAUUUUGUAUCUCAAUUUUCUCGACUUCCAAAUCCGACAGUUUCACUUUUUGUCAACAAAAUCUUUGGAUUAGCGAAUAACAAAGCACAUUCCAGCAAUGCAGGCAUUGUCUUUGCAUAUUUAUUAGCAAGUUAUUCGCAGGCGUAUUCCAAAGAAAGUCAGAAAUUGUUGACAGAAUACUUAGGAAUGUUUUUCAGUUUCUUGAAAGAAGGAAAAGCAAAUGAUCCUAAAAUCGUUAGUUCUUUGAUGUCCGCGAUCAUCCUCUUCACGCCAACAUCGUUUAGGACAUUAGAUUUGCAUCAGAUCCAGAGAUUAUUGAAUGUAACUCUUGAAACAGCGAAAAUGAAUCCACAGAAAGCUUUGAAAGUUAUAAAUUUGAUUGUCUCUUCAAGUGACAGCAAAGCAAUUGAAACAUCACUUGGAUCUAUUGUUGGAACAAUCAGAGUGUUAGUUGAGAACAAGAUGAACGAAAAGGAAUGUUUUAGCUUGUUGAGAAGUGUCUUGAAAGUCAGAAAACAAGCGGAAUGGUUCAUCAAAGAUUCUCCAAUUUCUUUCAAUAAAAUGACACAAAUUGUUGUUUUGAACAGAGACGAAGAUGUUGAAGCAAUUCUCAUGAUGUUGUUGGAUUGCAAAGAGUUUAAUACUGAUGAGAUUUAUACACAAAUGACGGGUUUGUACGCAGCUGUUGAACAGAGUUAUUCGCACUACAUAAAGAUGUGUGAAAAUGUUCUUUCUAAAGUUGAUCCUGCGAAAAUUAACUCACAUCAGAUGAAUUUGUUGAAGAGUAUAAUUAUUCCUUUGUGUUCUGUUGGAGAUGGAAGUGCUGACAUGAUAUUGGAUAGGUUCACGCAGUUUAUCACUGUUGCAAUGGAAAAGAACUCAAAUAGCGG